AUGGCUGCUGUUAACGCAAAUGGCUCCGCGCGACAUACCGUUCGCGUUGGCGUUUUCAUCCCUACUAUGUGCCAGCUCCUCGACGCGGCGGCGAUUGAUAUUAUUGAUAUGAACGGCUUCCGCUACCUCCUGCCCGACUCGGUCGUCGACCUAGCCCCCUCCGUCGAGAUCCACUACAUCGGCUCCGUGCGCGCGGGCGAGCACAUCAAGCUAACGUCCAACGAAUCGAUCAUAGCUACGGACCACUACAGCGACGCGGCGGUCGCCCCCGGCAAGCUCGACAUCGUGUUGGUUCCCGGGCCCGAUCCGGUAGCGCAUACCGAGGCGGCGGCGCUGGAGUGGCUGCGCGCGCAGGGGGCUACCCCCGCCGUCGAUAUCUUGAGCAUCUGCACGGGCAUCUUCAUCUGCGGCGAGGCCGGCCUGCUCAGGGGGAAGACGGCGUGUGGGCCGCGCGCGCUGCAGGAUAUGAUUCGCCAGAGGGGCUUUGGCGAGAAGGAGCUGGUUGGGGAUAAGUAUCGCUGGGUGCAGGAUGGGAAUUUGUGGUCGGGCGGCGGCGUGACCAACUGCAACGACCUCGUAGCGGCGUACUGCCGCGCGACGCCGCGGCAUUUUGCUCGGCCUAUCGUGGAGAUGAUCAUCGAGACUAUGGAAGUGGCUGAUCGCGGGCGAGAGUAUGAUAAUAACGAGGAAUCCCUCGAAGACAAGAUCAAGAAGAUCACCGCGGAGGCUAACGCGCUUCUUGCUGCUAAGAACUGA